AUGUUUAAAUUUGCCUCCUAAUAAAACAAGAAACAAACUGGUUCGUGAUGAAGACGUUGGUCGUUUUGUUGUCGUUUUUCGUUUUAUAUUUUAGCAAGAUUGAAGGCAGGAAACAAUUAAAUGCACUGCUUAUAUUGGCGGAUGAUGGAGGAUUCGAAAUGGGAACUUACCGUAAUAAGAUUUGUCAAACUCCACAUUUGGAUGAGUUGGCUACAAAAAGUCUUAUAUUCAAUAAAGCUUACACUUCUGUGAGCAGUUGUUCUCCAAGUCGAUCAGCUCUUUUAACAGGAAAACCGUCCCAUCAAAAUGGAAUGUAUGGCUUACACAACGGCGAGAACCACUUCGAUUCGUUCAACAGUGUGAAAAGCCUUCCCAAAAUAUUAAAACCACACGGCAUCAAAACGGGAAUAAUAGGUAAAAAGCACGUAGGUCCAAAAUCCACCUACAAAUUCGACUACGAACAAACCGAAGAAAACAACUCCAUCCUACAAGUUGGCAGAAACAUAACCAGAAUUAAGGAAUUAACGCGUGACUUCUUGAACAACACCCAAGGACCAUUUUUUCUUUACGUCGCGUUCCACGAUCCACAUCGUUGCGGACACACGAAUCCUGAAUACGGAGAAUUUUGCCAGCAUUUCGGUAAUGGGGACGAAGGUAUGGGUUUAAUACCCGACUGGCAACCCAUUUAUUACCAGCCAGACGAAUUGGAAUUGCCCUACUACAUACCUAACACAAUUGAAGCGCGCAGGGAUGUUGCCGCUCAAUACACUACCAUCUCUCGACUUGAUCAAGGUGUCGGUUUGAUCAUAAACGAGUUGAAAAAUUCUGGACAUUUGGACGAUACGUUGAUAAUAUACACUUCUGAUAAUGGAAUACCUUUUCCCAAUGGCAGAACUAACAUGUACGAUUCAGGAAUAGCGGAACCGAUGUUUAUUUCAUCGCCUUUACACCAAGAACGUAGAAAUCAAAUCACCAAUUCUCUUACCAGUCUUUUAGAUGUCGUGCCUACACUACUAGACUGGUAUGGAAUCAAGGACCCGCAAAUUACGAGUGAACUGACUGGCAAAAGUUUACUGCCGUUGUUGCAAAAAGAGCCAAAGAAUACGACGAAUGAGGCUGUUUUCGCUAGUCACAAUUUACAUGAAGUUACAAUGUAUUAUCCAAUGCGAAUGAUCAGAACGCAAAGGCACAAACUCAUCCAUAACAUUAAUUAUUACAGUCCAUUUCCAAUAGAUCAGGAUUUUUAUUUGUCUCCAACUUUCCAGGACAUACUGAACAAAACUAAAUCAGGUCAAAACACAUAUUGGUUCAAGUCUCUACAAGAAUAUUACAGGAGGCAAGAGUGGGAACUGUAUGAUUUGAAAUAUGAUCCUACUGAAGUUAAUAAUGUGUACAAAAAAGAGAGUUAUAAGGAAGUUUUUGAGGAUUUGAAGAAAAGGUUGGAGGAUUGGCAAAAAAAGACCAAAGAUCCAUGGUUAUGUGCUCCCCAUUCUGUUUUUGAAAAUAAGGGUCAUUACAAGGAUAAUCCACAAUGUUUAGACUUAGAUAAUUUUUGGUAGAUCAUUGAAAUACUGUUUUAACUUGUGAUAUUUAUUGUCACAAUAAAAUCUAAAUAAAAAAUA